GUUUAAAACAGUGUAGACGAUACAAGUUGAGUCAAUUUAAAGAAAACUUAUAAUUAUGCAUAUGAUUACUUUUGUUUUCAUUUUUGUGUUUAAUUUAACCUUAUAUCAAGCGAAGACUCAAACCUAUGGAGCUCCAAGAUACGCCGAAACCAACUCUCAUAAACCAUUUAGUGGCAAUACUUCACCCACUUUCGUCGUGCGAAUAAAAAGACAAAGUCACAUCGCUGACCCAAGCGGAGUAAGUGACCAAAAUAUAAAAAAUACACAAGGUGAACAUAAUAUCAAAGAAGUGGAUAAAAAACGAAACAGUAAUUCAAAUGGUUACUUUCAUAACACAGAUAUUGGUAACAGACCUAAUAAUAGAAAGAAUGGUAUAAAUAGCAACUUUCCGCCAGUCAAUUCCGCUCUCCGUUAUCCUAAACCUGAAUUUGAGUCAAAUGUAGGUAACAAAUUUAGCAACAAUCCUCCACAGAGAUCUGACAGCUUUAACCCGGAUAUAUAUAAUACAGAUAUCACUAAAAGAGUAACACGUAAUAAAAAUAUUGGCAAUAAAGUUGGAAAUCAUGAUCCUCGACAAUUCGAUAACUUUGAUGCCAGAAAAUUUAAUACUCAAAACCCUAGAGGAGCAACAACAAAUAAUAAACAAUUUGACUACGCAGACGGAGUAAGUAUUGUAAAUAUUGGAAAUGGACAUGGUAAACAAAACAUCAUAGAUGUAUAUGACAAUACUAAAAACACUAGAAGAGGAACCACUAUUAACAAUAUUGGCAACGGAUUUGGAAAUCGAAACGAAGUUAAUAUACAAGAGAAUGCGGAUGGAUUAAGUUAUCCUCACACAGUAUUGUCUCCUUAUAGUAGAAGACAAACAAAUACACAACAAACUAAUUACCAACAAAAUUGGUAUUCCCAGAACUCUUAUAUGCGACAAAAUAAUAAUCACGGUUUUAAUAAUGAUCAAGAUUCACAUUUAUACACUAGAAUUGGCCAAGGAACAGAUAACAGAAAUUUCAUUUUUAUAAAUGGAGUACCUGUGUUUUCUGAUUCCAGUGUUAAACAUAAAAAUUGCCAUCAAAGGCGAGGUUUAGACCUAAUAAUAAUGAUGAAGGAUGGAAAUUUGAACUGAAAUUCCUUUUGGAAUGUAGGUGACCACUAAGAAAGGAUUUUUCAAAAUUCACCUCCUAAAGAGUUGAAGCGGAGAAUGAUAUUCGGUAUGAAAAUUCGUCAUUUCUUCUCUUAUCUAAAUAAGAUCAAGCCAGUUAAAAAAUUCAUCAUAUAAGAGGAUGAAACUUAAUAUGAAAGUUUGUAUGGAAAAUCGCCAUUUUUAAAAGUUAGAAAUACGAUAAGCGGUGAGAAUUUUUUAUUCUAGGUAGAUAGCUAUUACAGUGUUUUUCAAAAAACACCACGCAAGCUUUUGAGACAUAACACAAACAAUGAGAACAUUGAGUUAAGUAAGAAAACAUUGAGUUUAAAAUUCAGAGGUUUUCUAUAUAAUAUUUUCGAUGGUAUAUCCCAUUGGGUACACGGCUACAUUAUUAGGUCUGUUUUAUUAUUUUCUUACAAUUGUCGUGAUUCUAUGUUUAACCAUACUCACAUUAUGUUCAAUUCAAUAAUUAUAUUUAUUUAUAUUAAUUAUAUAUUAUAAUAACGAAAACUAA